CGUCAUACCCAAUCCCAAUCUCAAUGUUCUCCGUAAACAACUUUUACAUGGAAUGGCCGAAAAUACGCGCCAAGAGGAGAAUUAAAGCCAACAGCUGCAUAGGUCCUGUAAUACCUACGCAGUAAUGCCUAUACUACCUUUGAUAGGCAUCUAUACCCGGGGAACCUUUGAACACAAAUGUCACAUCUUUUGGGAUGUCAAUUGUAACCACUAUCACGAAAACGCUCAUGGAAUUAUAUCGCGACGCACGACGGUGACAUGGAAGAUGGCAAGUCGCACACACGUACGCAUACGUCGCAAGAUGUCGGACGAGAUGUAGAGACCGGGAAGACCCCUCAUCGUGCAUCCGCAUCACAGUCCGAAUAUAAUAUUCCGGAUUCAUAUGCAAACGUACCCGAGUUGGAAGAAAUAGCACCUAUCCCAAGCCGGGAUGAGCGUCAGCUACGGCCCACUCCUUCUUUAGAAGAGGACAGAGCUCUCGAGCAUGAGUAUUCUGGUAAUGAAGAGGCCCGGCGGAGGGCAUCGCGCGCUUUGGGUGAACAGCCCGAGACCGAGAAGCCAAAGCCCGGAGGUGUAUCAAGGCUAGCAACUGAGAUCUACACCAUCUCGUAUCUCAUCCUCUUCGCCCUUCUCGGCACUCUCGCUCGCCUCGGACUUCAAGCUCUGACCUUCUACGCUGGAGCUCCUAUCUCCUUCAGCUCCGUGUGGCCCAACUUCGCAGGGAGUCUCGUCCUGGGCUUUCUGGCCGAAGACCGCAUGCUCUUCCGUUUCGAAUGGGGCACGCCGACGUACGAGUUGCAGCUCCUUCGAGCAAAGGAGCAUAAUAGGCUUGAUGAAGAGGCAGGUAGGUCUGGAUCCGAGAGGACCGUCGUUGACCUUGCUGCUGCGAAGAAGGCUCACAUGACCACCAAGAAGACCAUACCCCUGUACAUCGGGCUCGCAACUGGAUUCUGCGGUUCCUUUACUUCGUUUUCCUCCUUCAUCCGUGAUAUCUUCUUAGCUUUGUCCAAUGAUAUGCUCGUGCCAGAUGCGGAUGGGACGUCUAUUCCCCGAAACGGAGGGUAUUCUUUUAUGGCCCUCCUUGCGGUCGUCAUAACUACCAUAUCUCUAUCUCUCUCUGGCUUCUUUGUCGGGGCCCAGCUCGCAUUGGCCCUCGAACCCUUUACUCCUUCACUACCCUACGCCUUCACCCGCAGAAUUCUCGACCGCGUUGCGGUCUUCCUCGCUUGGGGCGCGUGGAUCGGAGCUAUCCUCCUAUCCAUCCUUCCACCCGACAGGUUCAGCAACCAGGGAGCAGCAGAAACCUGGCGUGGCCGAGCAACUUUCGCGCUGGUGUUCGCGCCUCUCGGGUGUCUGGGACGGUUUUAUGCGUCCCUAUACCUUAAUGGGUACUUCCCCUCCUUCCCCCUUGGUACUUUCGCUGUCAACAUCUUUGGCACGGCGGUCCUAGGCAUGGCGUGGGACCUCGCCCACGCCUCGGUCGGUGGUGUUAUUAGCUGCCAAGUGUUGCAGGGCAUCGAAGACGGCUUCUGCGGGUGCUUAACUACGGUGUCUACCUGGGUCGCCGAAUUAUCUGCCCUAAGAAUAAGACAUGCCUAUAGGUACGGAGGCAUCAGUGUACUGACAGCGCUGGCUUGUAUGGUGGCUAUUAUGGGUGGUCUAAGAUGGAGCGACGGGCUUAGUCCCUUAAGUUGCAAACACUGAGGGAUUUAAGGGGCUUUUCAGAGAAGCGAAAGAGGAAAAGGAAGACAUCGCGACCUUCGUGAGCAUUCCACUCCGAAUACUAUCUGGCCUGGGAUCCAAGGGGGAUCUCACUUGGGCUGUGUGUUUUCAAGGUUCUCAAGACACCUGCCUCCUAUUGUAGCAGCUGCCAUAAUACUUACCUAUAUAGUAGGUACUGAAUAGAAAUGAGCACAAAGAUUAAUAAUUAAUUGAUAUUUCAAACGAUCACUCGAAAAUCUUGGCCUGGCGAUGGCAUUGUGUUGGCCCUAGCCUUUCAUGACAGCGGCAUCCAUUCAACGGUAUAUGACAUCACUCUCUGUACACAGCUUCAACCCUUUAGUUGUUCCGAGAAACGCGGCUACCUAGCGC